UCACGGGUCAGCGGCGAGGCGCGCGCGGAGUUGGUGCUGUGUUUCUGCGGGCCCCGCGGCCAUGCCCAAGCGGGGCUGCCCCUUCGCGGACGCGGCCCCGCUGCAGCUCAAGGUACGCGUGGGCCCGAAGGAGCUGAGCCGCGGCGUGUGCGGCGAGCGCUACUCACGGGAGAUCUUCGAGAAGACCAGGCAGCUCCUCUUCCUCGGGGCCCAGGCCUUGUGGGAUGAAGGCUGUGCUAUCGUUCACCUGCCAGAGUCCCCGAAGCCUGGCCCCACGGGGGCCUCAAGGGCUGCACAGGGACAGAUGCUGAUUGGACCAGACGGCCGCCUGAUCAGGAGCCGCGGGCAGACCUCCAAAGCCGACCUGUCUGGGGCAGUGUCCAUAGCCUGCUCCUCGUGUGUGCGAGCUGUGGAUGGGAAGGCGGCCUGCAGCCAGUGUGAGCGAGCCCUGUGUGGGCAGUGUGUGCGCACCUGCUGGGGCUGUGGCACCAUAGCCUGUGCCCUGUGCGGCCUCCUGGACUGCAGUGACAUGUACGAGAAAGUGCUGUGUACCAGCUGCGCCAUGUUUGAAGCCUGAGGGGCUUGGCCACUGCUAAGGCCUUGAGUGGACAGCAGCCAUCCUGGAUGACUGAGGACAUGCACUGAACUGCAGGGCGGGCAGGCAGGGUGACUUUUACAUGUUCUGUUUUGUACUCUCGACAGUCAAUAAAUCUUUAUAUUUGCAAA